CUCAUCGCCAUUUUAUCCUCAGGCCGUGGUGGAGGUGCAGACAUUGGAGGGAAGCUUGCAGGGUUGGGGUGGCGGGAUACCCCUUUCUGGUGACCAUCUCAGGAGCCCUUCAAGGUCCUCCCACAGGUCAGAAGGUAGAAUCAGGCUUCUCCCUGAUGCCCAGGUGAGCAGCGGCCUGUCCAGCUGGCCGGCCCGGCCUUUCCAGCCGGCCGGCCCGGCCUUUCCUCUGGGUCUGUUCCUCCAUCUCCCAGCUGGGGCUGAACUUGGAGGUCCAUCCUGACGCUUGAUGGAGGGACCGCCCAGAACGGGGGCAUCCACCCUGUCCUCACCCAGGACGCUUCCAGACUGCUUCCUGCAGGCAAGGAUUGAGAGAGAAUUAGAGAGAAAUCACACAUCAGCCUUUCCCGUGACUGCGAUCCCCCCAGAGUGGUGGGCCUCACAGCUGACACGCUGCCCAGGCAUUUCCUGGGAGGCUGCAGAGUGCAGCUCCAGGGAGGCGCUCCGCUCCCCGCUCUGCGAGCCCAUUCCUCCGCACAGUGUCGGUCCCGGGUUCCCUGAUGUCUCAGUGGAAACCAAGAGAGUCCGCAUUCCCAGUUAGAAACUCCCAAAUAAGAUCUGCCCUCUGUUGUUGGAGGUUUUAUCCUUAAAUUAGCCAAGUCGUGCUCCUUCCUUGAGGGCUUCCCUAGAGCCCGGUGAACUGCAAGCAGUGGGCCCUAGGCCAGACCCUAUAGCCCGCUAAACCCUGAACUUGGCUCCUCUUCCUCCAGGGGCGAAGGUGGAGCAAAGACAAGGAUGUCACCUAUAGGCAGGUUUGAGAGACCGCCAUCUCCUCCUUUUUCAGGAACCCAGGUGUCCCUGGGCCGAGAACAGGUCCUGUGAAGUAGGGCUGCAUUUCCUCCAGCACGGGUGAGGGCCCUGCCCUGAGCACUGUGCUCUGACCUUAGAAAGUUCUGUCCCGGGCACUCCUUCGUUGCCCAGUGGUUAGGACUCUGCGCUUUCACUGCUGUGGGCCGGGGCCCCAUCCCUGACUGGGGAACUGAGAUCCCCCAAGCCACUCCAAAAGCAAACAAAAAGAGGUCUCUCUCUGGGCUGUGCGCAGCUAGCUCCAGGCUCCCUGGCAGCCCACCUGCCGGUCACUUUACCCCCUGACCUGCACAGUCAGGGACUGGCGAGAUUUCCCGAGGCCUUUGGGCCCGGCACUCAGCAGUGUGGUUUGUGCUGGAUUGAAUUGUUAGUUCCGAAGGGCAUGGGAUUCCUUCUAUCCCAGAAGGCAAGGCCAGGCUUUCUUGCCACGCAGUGGCCCCUGAGUCCCUCCAGGGCUGGGGGAGCCUGUCCCCACGAUGCCGUGGUCCUGUGCUGUGCGUGCCUCUCAAAGCUGCAUCUAGCCCAGAAGUGUCUCUGAUUCACUUCCUCUGCCCAGCUCUGCAGAGGCCUCUCUGAGCCUGGACUCGGCCAGGGCUUCUUGGGGCACCGCCCCUCCUGUCCCGCCCCAGGUCAGUCCCUCCAGGCUGGGGACCACUUUGUUCUGGUGCCUCCAGCUCCCUCUGAGCUCCUGAGCCAUGGCCAGCGCCCCAGGAGUAGCCUGAGCUCAGGAACCUCUCCACUGCUGGGUUCCUGCCUUGCCCCACCUUACCUGGACCCUGGAGGUGGUCUUUGAGGAAAUCCGUUUGUAACUGUUUUUGUUUUUGCCACUGCGGCCCACCAGCCUCACCUCUGCGCAAACCUAUCUUUAAAAAGCCCAGCCUUUUAUUCCAAAGGGGAAAAAAACCCACCCCUAGCAAGUCCCCACUGUCACUCAAGCUCGUGACCCUUCUUGUCCACACCCCCCCCCAUGCACUCAGACACUGUGACCUUGUUCUGAUUGGAGGUAGAGAUGCUCAGCUCAUUUUCUUUUUCCUGGUUGUUCUGCAUUAUAAAAGUUAAGCAUUCUUGGGACUUCCCCGGUGGUACAGAGGCUAAGCGUCUAACGCAAGGGGCCUGGGUUUGAUCCCUGGCCAGGGAACUAGAUCCCACAUGCCACAACUAAGACCUGGCACAGCCAAAUAAAUAAAUAUUGAAAAAUAAUAAUAAACAUUCUCAGUCAAAGAAAACAGGAAAACGCUGGUUUUUUUUUUAAUGUGUUUUAAUUAAAACACAUACAUACACACUUUUUUUGGUUGGCUUUCUAUUACGAAAGUAAUGUAGGGUAUAAAAGAAUGUUCACCAUAACAGACACACAUAAACAAACAAAACAAAAACAAAACCAGUCCUUUAUGUAACCUUCCCCCCGACCCUUGUUAAUGAUUUCUACCAGAAAACAGACAUGCACACAGGCCCAUGUAUAUUCCUGGUUUUUGGCAAAAGUGGGAUUUACCUGCCAGUCUUGCAAGUGGUCCUGCCGCUGAAGCACACGCCUGGGAGGAGAAACGAGGAGCCCCCCACGGGAACCCCCUUCCUCUCCUAACACCUCCGGCCUCCCCUCUUCCAGGCGGCUAGCACCCUAACUCUCAUCCACGGUCCAGUUUUCCUUCCUUAUAAACCUCAUGAACUUGGACCUGGGCUUCCGAAUGCGUGAGGGGACACCCACGUUGCAGUUCCAUCCACACCAUCUCGUGAGUGCGACCUUGGCAGUGUGUCCCCCCAGGUCCUUGGAACUGAAAUUUGAGUCCAAAACGUGGCACACCUCCGUGGCGCCCAGAACCGCAGCCACUGCCCUCGGACACAGCGCCUCCCCACGCGUUUCUCUGGGCAGGUCGUCUUCUGGCCCGUGGACGUCACUGGACGUGGCAGCCCCUAGGGGCGCGGCGUCUGAGCCCUCUCUCACCAGGGAGCAGCCGCCCCGGGCGGGGGCGGGGGCGGGGCGGCCGGGGGCUGGCCUCGGGGGUCCCCGGCCUGGAUGUGAUGUUGAAAUUUUGUGUUGCUUUAACUGCCUUUACUUUCUGAGCUAGGGGCUGUCUCCGUCCAUAGCAAAAUGUAACUUUGUUGUAGAUGAGCGUAAGCCUCAUCCCGGAGAGCCUAGUGCGGCUUCAGGUCCAGAGUGUGGAUAAGCCCCAGUACCGAGGGACCUUGCACUGCUUCCAGGCCAUCAUCAAGCAGGAGAGUGUGCUGGGCCUGUACCGAGGCCUGGGGUCGCCGCUCCUGGGGCUGACCUUCAUCAACGCGCUGGUGUUCGGCAUGCAGGGCAACACCCUGCGGGCGCUGGGCCGGGACUCGCCGCUGAACCAGUUCCUGGCGGGCGCGGCGGCCGGGGCCAUCCAGUGCGUCAUCUGCUGCCCCAUGGAGCUGGCCAAGACGCGGCUGCAGCUGCAGGAGGCGGGCCCGGCACGCACCUACCGCGGGCCCCUGGACUGCCUGGCGCAGAUCUACCGGCAGGAGGGCCUGCGCGGCGUCAACCGGGGCAUGGCGUCCACGCUGCUGCGCGAGACCCCCAGCUUCGGCGUCUACUUCCUCACCUACGACGUGCUGACGCGCGCACUGGGCUGUGAGCCGGGCGACCGCCUGCUGGUGCCCAAGCUGCUGCUGGCGGGUGGCACGUCAGGCAUUGCGUCCUGGCUCUCCACCUACCCCGUGGAUGUGAUCAAGUCGCGGCUGCAGGCCGACGGGCUGCAGGGCGCGCCGCGCUACCGGGGCAUCGUCGACUGCGUGCAGCAGAGCUACCGCGACGAGGGCUGGCGCGUGUUCACGCGGGGGCUGGCCUCCACGCUGCUGCGCGCCUUCCCCGUCAACGCGGCCACCUUCGCCACCGUCACCGUGGUGCUCAGCUACGCACGCGGUGAGGAGGCCCGGCUCGAGGGCGAUGCUGGGUCCGCCACCCUGGCCCAGCCCUCCAGCCUGUGAUGCCCCCCGCCCCACCUUCCCCGGGGCGGUUUUUCCAAAACGCAGCCCAGGCUCUUCCAGAACUGUAAAUGGGUCCCCUGCCGACCGCCCUGCCCCAGACACCCAAGACCCCAUGGACUGUGGGCUCAGUCAGACCUGGGUUGAAUUUCACUCCUCAGCUGGGUGGGCCUUGGCUACAGUAUUUGACCUCCUUGGUUUUUCUCCACUGCAAAAUGGGGACCCUGUUCCCCGUGUUAUACUGUCGGGAAGCUCAGAGAUGCUGCCUGUGGGGCACCCAGCCUGGCACUGUUACUGGCUUCUGGAGUCUUCCAGAAGCCCAGCCAACACUCCAACCCUUUCCUGGGAUCCUGCCCACACCUGGCGGGGGCGGGGCGAAGCGGGGGGGGGGGGGGGGCGGCGGGGGGGGGGGGUGGUCUCUGAAGACCCACCAAUGGGCUUGCCAGGGACUCAUUAACUCUGAACUCCUCCACCUGGCAGAGCUCCAGGGAUACUUCUAGGCCACUGUCCGGUCUGCGUUAGGGACAGAGGGGCAACUCGGGGGCCUUCUGGGGUCCCAGAACCGAACCCUCUGCCAGCACACCCCAGCUUCUCCGAGCUGCAAGACUGGUAGUACCGCUACUCCUGCCACUCCCACUGGAGGAUAGCCUGGGGACUACUAAAAAGCCAUGGAACCUUUUGGAAGUUCCACAUUAGCUUAGGAGCUGGGGUGGGGGAGCAGGCACAGGUCAGUGGAAGGGGAGAUCUCCACAGUUAAACAGAGCCAUGGCAAGGGGGAGUCUUUCCACUCUCUCUCAGCCUGCCCAUCUGUGACGUCAUGACGCAGCUGAGGUCUGCGGCUCAGGCCCACUGCCAACAGUCAGGGUUUCCCGAGGUUUGCAGAGGGGUCGGCAGGGAGAACCUGUGGGAUCCCUGAGCCCUGCGAAAUGGUGUCUUUCCCAGGCAGUCAGUCUCAAUGCUGUGUUCCUGUGAGUCCAGGCAGGGCCUGUAAAUGGGCACAGGUCUGACCAGUUUGGGCCCCUCCAGGCCAAAGGACAUCUGCACCCACAUGACCGGGGCUGUCACUAGAAACCAGCCGGUGGUGUGAGCUCUGGCAGCCUGGGUACAGCUGGCACAUCUUGGCCGUGAGACCGGACAGGGAAGCGAAUACUUUUGCACAAGCUGGAGGUGACUGUGGCCUCCACAGUGACUGGAGGUGACUGGCCCUACUCCUGGGAGGUGGGCUGUGCUCAAGGAAGCCAGGAUGACCCUCCCCCCAAUCCCUCCACCCCCUACCCCCACCCCCACGUGGCAUCAUUGUUGUACAGAAAACCUCUGAGGGAAUAAAGUGCUCUUUGUUUUUUUAA